AUUAUUUGUCAAAAUUUCUUGUGUUUCUACACACACAAUCAAUAAAUUGGAUAAAAUAUUAAAACGAUUUUUGGUCAAAUCAAAUUGCAGAAAAAUGCAAAGGACUUUACACCUGAAGUCGAUAUGCUAAUUAAUUUAUUUCUUAACAACGGCGCAGUGCGUACAUUCACCCUGGAUGGCUGCAUCGCCUGCCUCUCAUGUCGAAGCCAUCCUAACUUAAAGGCAACUGAGUCACCUUUGAACACCCGCCAGGUGCACGGUAGUAGAUGGAAACGCCAAAAUGCCCUUAACGACCAGAGGCGAAAGGUCAUACCGAAACUGGUGUAUCUGCACAAUCCUUGGAAAUAUCUAAUUACAAAGUUCAAUAUGUGGAAGCUUAAGUGGCUGUGGGAUUAUGGCUUUAAUGAGACCGAGUUCAUUGAGGGCUCCAAGCAGGCGGCCAUUGUGAUGACAGACAUCAUACGACAGCAGAGUGCCGACAAAAUUAGCGAGUAUACGACGCCAGUGGGCUUCCAGCAGAUCACAAGGGAUAUGCUGCUCUCGCGCAACGAUUCAAGGCUUCAACUGGUACGCUUCGAGAAGGAGCAUCUGCGGCGGGCCAUACCUAUGAAGGUGGCAACACGUCAGAACUUUGGCCGAAAGUAUGCUUUCAUAGAUAUGUUAUUUGUCGGUCUGCGCAAUACGAAGGAUUUUGAUUCGCCCACCGAGCUGGUGGAAAUCAAUGAGAUCCUCCGACGCAUGGAUAGCGAACUGAAGACGCCAUCAGAUGUUGUGUCUGUGCCACAUCGCAUUGUUUUUGCCGAGAUUUUUAUACGGUUUCGUCGCGAUUAUACUGCAGAAUGGAGGCGUAAGCAGGAAGCUUCUAAAAAUCCCACCACCGCCUCCAACAUUAAGCAAGAUGAUGCUCAUCCGUUGGACCCACCGGUAUCACCAUCUUCACCAUCAACGCAAAACCUGAUGAUGGGACGCGUUUUGUCGCGCUUAAACGAUCCUGGCUGGUCGGUGUCUUUUUACAAGAUUCUCACAUUUGAUGUGCUCAACUUUGAUCCUCAGCCCAAUCGUCGCUCAGAUUCUUGACAAUUUCUGCUUUAGGCGUAGCGAACGCCCAAUUUAUUUUUGAAUAAAAUUUUGCGUAUAUUUAUAUAAACGGAA